GUUCAGCGGCGGCAUGCUCAACCUCAUGGCCAUCGCCAACGUCUACAUCGUCGACGUCAGCAGUCCGGAGGAGAAGGAAAUCCGGCUGGGCGUGCUGGACGCGUCGCAGUACCUGUCGCUGAUGCUGGGCGCGGGGCUGGCUUCGCCGCUGUUUAGUGCCAUGUCAUACGCCGGCGUCUUCGGCGUCGCCGUGGGCUGCAUGGCGUUCUGCCUGCUGUACACGUUGCUCUACCUGCCGGAGUCCCGCCCGCGAGCGCCGCAGACGGAGAAGAGUAAAGGCUGUUGCGGUGGUGUGUUUGAGUUGGAUUUGGUGCGUGAGGCCUUGCAGUCGUGUCUCAGGAGGCGGCCUUACUAUGGACGCACCGUCAUCAUCAUCGUCGUCUUUGUCAUCGUGAGCAACAUCAUCAUACUGAUUGGUGAGGCAAAUGUCAUGUUCCUGUUUCUCAACCAAAAAUUCCAUUGGACCAUUCAGGAUGCACAGCUGUUCCAGUUCUACAAUAGCGGCGUGACAGCUAUAGGUACCCUGCUGGGGGUGAUGUUGUUUGUGCGAAUGCUGAAGUUGUCCGAUGGUUGUGUAGCACUAAUUACUUUUGGCUGCAAGAUCGCUGGCUACCUGGUGCAUGCCUGGUCCCCAGAGUCCUGGUACAUGUAUCUGGGUGGGGCUAUUGCAGCUCUUGGUGGAAUGGUGUGGGUGUUAGCCAGAACAAUGAUAGCCAGGAUGGUCCCCAAAGACGAAAUUGGAAAAGUGUUUGCCAUGUCAGUCACACUGGAGGCUGUGACACCUCUCAUAGCAACACCAGUUUAUACAGGAUUUUUCAGUGUCACUAUUGACACCUUUCCUGGAGCCUUCCAUGUGCUUUCAGCCUCAGUCAUGGUUGUGGAUCUGAUUCUCAUCCUGAUCGCAGCGUACCUUGGCCGUGGUGCUGCGAAGGAGGAAGCAGCAGCAAAGAUACAACAAAAAGAAAAAUCCUUGUCCCAAAGCUGAACGAGCGUACUGCCAUUCGGCUGAUUUACUCUCCUGUCUCUAUAACAUGUCAUGUGUGUUGCCUACCUGCCACCUGCAAUAAGGCCUAUGACAAAUCGACACACUUGAUACAAAAGAUUAUUGUGCAUGGACACAUGCAAAAUCAAAGACAGGCAUUUGUGCACAUACUUUGUUGUGGAAGCAAGUAACUAUAGGAUAAUGUAUAUUACUGAUAUUUAUUUUUUAUUUAUUUUUGUUGUGUGAAGAAGUCUUGGAAGAGAAUCUCUGAUGUAUUUUAUAUGUGAAUGUAAUUGCACUCUAGCAAUCAUAAUAGCAGUCUAGUUGUCCAUUGUUAAGAAUAUAUAAAAUAUUAUUGCAGCCUUUCAUCUCAUAUACAAAAAUUUUGCUUUCUAAGACAGCACAAUGAAUAUUUUCAUUAUACA